AAUUCUCAAAUCCGCGAACCACAACUCACCUUCCUGUGGGCUAAUUUUCGUAGUUCUUUGACUAAAAAAUGCUUUAACGUCGCCGGAGAGUCGUCGGAAUGGCGAAAGGACGGAAGUUGGGUAUAAACAGGAACGAGCGGUUUCUCGGGAGCUAUGGAAAUGGAUACGGUCAAGGCUCCAAUAAAGGAGAUGAAUCAUCGGAGUUUCGUGAAGAGGAUGUGUGGGCGAUGAUUGACAACAGCAAUUCAACCAACGGUGAGGAUGAGAGCAUGACAGUAAGAAAUCGCCGGAGAUCAACGCCGCUUGAUGAACAAAACGUCGGCGGAGUUUCGAUUGCUUUUCAAGACUCCAACAGGACGGCACGUGGACGGCACUUAGCGGCAUCGGCUCCGAUGAACGUGCCGGACUGGAGCAAGAUUCUGAGGGCGGAAUCGGUGGAGUCACUACCGGAGAUGGACGGAGGAGGUUACUACAACAACGAUGAGACGGAUAUGGUGCCGCCGCACGAGUAUUUGGCGAGGGAAUACGCGAGGAGCCGGAAUACUGCGGCGGCGACAUCGGUUUUGGAGGGCGUCGGGAGGACUCUGAAAGGGAGAGAUAUGAGAAGGGUUCGGGAUGCGGUUUGGAGUCAGACCGGGUUCGAUGGUUAAAUGAAUUUAAUAUUUUUAUUGGGGUAGUUUGGGCAGUGAUUCGGACGAGUGGACUCACUGAACCGAGUCGACCGGUCCGAGUGAGCCCAAACAUAAUUCUUCUUCAGUCAAACUCUACGCUUCCAAUAU